CUGGGACCAAAACAGAGGGCUGUAGAAUAUGGGCUGUGUUUUCCAGUCCAUAUUAGCACAGAAACAUUAGGAGUCGGCCAGUGCGCUUAAUUAUUAAUGUCCAAGAGGAGCAUGAUUAAGCUGUCAAAAGCAUUCCCAAACUUGAAGCUUUUUAAUUUUUAUGCAACAAAAGAAGCAUCAAUUAAAGCCAACUUACAGGGAAACCUAUUCUUAGUUUCCUACUUAGCUCGCUAUCUGUUUAUAGUCAUCGUCCUGCUGCUCAUCGUCCUCUAUCUCUCUCUCUCUCUUCAUCCAUUAUUCUGUCUCUGUGAGGAUUGUGUACGUGUGAGCAAGUGCGUGGGAUCUGUACGGCAAUUCCAGUAAGGGAACAAAGCCAAAAGAGAUCAAGUUGGCCAUUCUUUUCAACCGCCUUUCACCGCUCUAAAAAUAUCUCUGCAUCUCCCUCUUCUUCUCCUACAUCACUUUCUCUCCUCUGCUAGUGAACCAGAGAGAAGAAGAUGAAUAAGCAAGACGGUCUCAAAAUUCAGACUUGUGUUCUCAAGGUGAAUAUCCACUGUGAUGGCUGCCAGCAUAAAGUAAAGAAACUGCUUCAGAAAAUCGAUGGGGUGUAUUCAGUGAACAUAGAUGCAGAGCAAGGUAAGGUAGUGGUGGCAGGGAAUGUGGAUCCAAGCAAAUUGAUAAAAAAGCUGAAAAGUUCAGGCAAACACGCUGAAAUAUGGGCGCCGAAAGGCAUGAUGUUUCCCACUAACCAGUUCAACAACCUGCAAAUUGAUCAUCAUCAUGGCAAAGGAGCAAAGGACAACAACAAGUCUCACAAGGGCACAAAGGACCACCAGAAAGGUGGAGGUGGUGGUGGUGGUCAGCCUCAGUUGUUUCAAUUCCAAAAUAAAGCGCCAAGUAAUUUCAAGCCACCCGCCAAAAACAACAAAUCUGUCAAGUUCGACUUGCCGGAGGAGGAUUUUGACGCAAGUGAUGACGAGUUCGACGACGAUUUUGACGAUUACGAAGAUUCAGAGGACUAUGAAGACGACCAUGCCCAUGCCAUGCCAAACAAAAUGAUGAAAGGGCAAAAAGGCAACAGUGGCGGGGGAAAGGGUAAAAUGGAAAGGAAAUUGACGCCAUGGCUGUAGCAGCGCAAAUCAAGUCCAAAAAUGGAGGCAAUGGAGGAAAGAAACAGAAGAGUGGAGGUGGAGGUGGAGGUGGAGGAGGUACAAAAAGAACACGAAAACCAGUGGGGGAUUGCUAAGUCGGUUACUAGGGUUUGGUAAAAAAGGAGGCGACAAAAACAAGGAUAACAAGAAGAAGAAGAAUAAGGAGGGAGGAGGUGGGGGUAAAACUGGAAAUAAAAAGAAGGGUAAAGAAGGAAAGAAAUUUGAGGACGAGGGCUACGAUUUUGAUGACGACGACAACAAUGAUGAUCUUGAUAAACUCGUUCUUCCUCAAUCUCAUCAGCCUAAAGGUAAAGGUAAAGGAGGAGGAGGAGGCGGCCAGGGCGGCAAUGGUGGUGACAGUAAAAAGGAUAAUAAUAGGAACGUGGGCCAAAUGGGCCCUGUUCCAAUGGGCCAGAUGGGCCCUGUUCCAAUGGGCCAGAUGGAUCAGAUGAGGAAUUUAAUGCCAGGGUAUUACCCUGGCAUGCACAUGCAACCUCCUCCUCAUGCUCCACAAUAUCUGCCCCAGCAGCAACAGCACUACAUGGCUCCCAUGAUGAGCCAUAAUUAUCAGCAGCAGCCACAUCUGAACAGUAUGUACCCGCAGCAACCGAUGAUGUACGGUCAGCCUUACAUGCAGCCGCCGCCGCCGAUCCCGGUUCAUCCCGGGGCCGAUCAUGCGAAUUACGGCUACAAUGAGGAGGACAACGGCUGCACUGUCAUGUAAAUUAGGGGUCGAGCUUGUUUUGCAUCGCUUUUCUAUUUAUUUUGUGUUUUUUUUUUUGGUCCUCCCCUGUUUGGUAUCAGGGCUUUCAUGAAAUUUUGUUUGGUGAGUAGUCAGAUUCAGAUAUGUGCAAAAAUGUAGGAUGAUAUAUCUAAUUUAAAUAUAUAAAAUUGAUAUGGUGCUUUUA